UAUUUGGCGUUUUACUCCUCCUGAAAAAAAAAGGCAUCACCUUUUUUCGAAUCACUGAACGCCGUUGAAGUUCAAACUGCCCUCUCUCUCUCUCUCUCUCUCUCUCUCUCUCUCUCUCUUCUCCCGUCUCCUUCUAGGGUUAGAAAAUGGAUCUGGGUUCUUCUCCUCAAAUUUAUUCGAAAGAGAAGCAUAAGAUCUACGCCGAGUGGUUCUCCGUCGCCGAUGCUGAUGGAGAUGGACGCGUUACUGGGAGUGAUGCGCUCAAAUUCUUUGCCAUGUCCAAUUUGUCUCGGCCCGAGCUCAAACAGGUCUGGGCGAUUGCUGAUUCUAAAAGACAGGGGUUUCUUGAUUUUCAAGAGUUCGUUAGUGCAAUGCUGCUAAUUGCGUUGGCGCAGGCAGGUCAUGAAAUUUCUCAAGAUUCCCUUAAGCAAGCAGAAUUGGAGAAUUUAAAACUUCCAGAGAUGGAAGGUUUGGACAAUCUAAUAGCUAAAAACAAACCUUCACCGAAAAGAAAAGAUUCUCAUGCAGAAGCAUCUCCGAAGCCCCCUGCACCAACAUCUUUUAAUUUUUUCAGUACAAAAUCUACAAAGAAGAUCCCUUUAAGCUCUGUCACUUCAAUUAUUGAUGGCUUGAAGAAGCUGUAUAUUGAAAAGUUGAAGCCUUUGGAAGCUACUUACCGAUUUAAUGAUUUUGUUUCUCCUUUAUUGACAAAUAGCGAUUUUGAUGCCAAGCCCAUGGUUAUGCUUUUGGGUCAAUAUUCCACGGGGAAGACAACAUUUAUAAAGCAUUUACUAAGGACUAGCUAUCCAGGGGCUCAUAUAGGACCAGAACCUACAACUGAUAGAUUCGUCGUCGUCAUGUCAGGUCCAGAUGAGAGGAGUAUUCCUGGAAACACUAUAGCGGUUCAAGCGGACAUGCCCUACAGUGGUCUGUCAUCAUUUGGAACUGCUUUUUUAUCUAAAUUUGAGUGCUCUCAGAUGCCACAUGCACUUUUGGAGCACAUAACAUUCGUUGAUACUCCAGGGGUUCUUUCUGGAGAAAAACAGCGAACACAACGUAGCUAUGAUUUUACUGGUGUUACGUCUUGGUUUGCAUCCAAAUGUGACCUUAUACUUCUACUAUUUGAUCCUCAUAAGCUUGAUAUCAGUGACGAGUUCAAGCGUGUGAUUGGAUCUCUCCAUGGCCAUGAUGAUAAAAUUCGUGUUGUUCUGAAUAAGGCAGACCAAGUGGACACACAGCAGCUCAUGAGAGUUUAUGGAGCAUUGCUGUGGUCCCUGGGGAAAGUUCUAAAUACCCCUGAGGUCAUGCGUGUUUAUAUUGGGUCUUUCAAUGACAAGCCAGUAAAUGAAGCAGCUAUUGGUCCUAUUGGAAAAGAGUUGUUUGAGAGAGAACAGGAGGAUCUUAUCUCUGACCUCAAGGAUAUUCCUAAGAAGGCUUGUGAUCGCCGGAUCAAUGAGUUUGUUAAGCGUGCAAGAGCUGCCAAGAUUCAUGCAUAUAUCAUGAGCCAUUUAAAAAAGGAGAUGCCAGCAAUGAUAGGCAAGGCCAAAACUCAGCAGCGACUCAUAGACCACCUGGAGGAUGAGUUUCUAAAGGUUCAACGGGAGUUCCAUCUACCAGCAGGGGAUUUCCCCAACAUUGAGCAUUUUCGAGAAACAUUGAGCGGUUACAGCAUCGAUAAGUUUGAGAAGCUAAAGCCAAAAAUGAUUCAGAAUGUGGAUGACAUGCUGGGAUAUGACAUUCCAGAGCUCCUCAAGAACUUUAGAAACCCAUAUGACUGAGACUCUAUUGAACCAUUUAUGUGCUGUAAGCCGAGUAUUGAAACUUUGAAGUGGGUGGUAUCAGUAGCAUUGUUGCUGUAUCUCUCUGUUUGAACUAAAUAUUUCCAAUUUAUUUCAGGAAUGUUGUAAAGAUGUAUGAAUAUUAGCAUAAGCAGGAAAAUUUUACCAGUGUAAGAAAUGUAUUUAUGUUGUAGGCAAUUCUCAAUUCUGUACUGGUGUAAGUUGUAUUGUCUUCCUUCACCAUGAAAAUAAGGGUAGUAGCUGACGUGGGAAAUUUAUUUACCCCCCACCAUUAUAUUGUGUGCAAUUUACUUA